AUGAGGACCGUGCUGCAAAGGGUCAAGUCGGCUUCCGUCACAGUCGAUGGCCAAUUGGUCUCCUCCAUUGGCAAGGGGUUGCUGGUCCUUGCUGCCGUCUCCAAAGACGACACUGAGAAGGAUGUCGAGGCCAUGGCUAGCAAGAUACUAAAGGCCAAGCUCUGGGACGAUGAAUCCAAAGACCCGCCAGGCCGUUGGAAAUGCAGCGUGGCCGACAUCCAUGGCGAGGUUUUGUGUGUUUCCCAAUUCACCCUGUUGGCCUCAAUGAAGAAAGGCAACAAGCCUGACUUCCACCAAUCCGCAAACGGCGAGAAAGCCAAGACACUAUACCAAGCCUUCUACAACAAGGUGGGAGCCCUAUAUGAGCCCGGCAGGGUAAAAGACGGCGUUUUCGCUGCUAUGAUGGACGUUGCUUUAGUCAAUGAUGGGCCGGUCACUAUUCAAAUCGAUACCAAUCCGCCAAAGAUGGAUGAUACAACUCCAGGUGGCUCGGCUCCGAACGCAGCUACAUAA